AGACCGUAUAGAGAAUCGCCACCUCGCCGCGGCGUCCGAGAGGAGAAGAGAGAGGGGAAGAAAAAAAAAGGAUGCUCGCCAGAACCGUCGGCGGCCGCGCCGGCCCCCGCCUCGCGCCGCCCCUCGCGGGCCUCCUCCUCCGUGGCUACGCACCCCCCACCUCCUCCGCUGCGGCCGCCGACGACCUCGUCAUCGACAAGGACCCGCCGCGCGCCUCCUCGCCGUCCGCCGCCACCGCCGCAUCCACCGUGGCGGCCACCAUGCCGACCGUCCUGCAGCCGCGCGUGCUCAUCUACGACGGCGUCUGCCACCUCUGCCACCGCGGGGUGAAGUGGGUGAUCAGGGCGGACAAGCACGCCAAGAUCAAGUUCUGCUGCGUGCAGUCCAAGGCCGCGGAGCCGUACCUGAGGCUGGUUGGCCUGGACCGAGAGGACGUCCUGCGGCGUGUGCUCUUCGUAGAGGGACCCGAGGCCUACUACGAGGGCUCUACGGCUGCACUGAAAGUUGCAUCAUACCUGCCUCUUCCCUACUCAGUCCUGAGCUCCUUGCUGAUCGUCCCCACUCCACUGCGUGAUUCAGUCUAUGAUUACAUUGCAAAGAACCGCUACAACUGGUUUGGCAAAGAUGAUAAGUGCAUCGUUACCAAGGACAAGGACAUUCUUGAGCGCUUCAUCGACAGGGAGGAAAUUCUUGGUGGUGGUCCCAGCAGUAGCUUCUUUUGAUCACGCCUUUGCCUGUGCUGGUGCUCACACAUACUGUAGGGAAGAGAUGUAAAUAGUCUUCACGUUCAUCUAGGUACUUCGGGUCCACUCCGUUUAGUAUUAACAAUGAUGCAUCAUACACACCUGCAAGGUUUGUCAGAUCAGGUGUAUUUAAGUUUGAUUGCAAAGUUUCAGCUAGCUGACGUCAACAGAGGAUAGAAUUUUGAAAUGUGGAUUGGUAAUCGGUGUAAGGCAUGAAAGUUUGAAGUGCCUUGAUAUGGCAUUAUCUCUUUUACCA